AUGACCACCAUAAAACACCGGACAAACAAUACCGACUACGGGGUAGAGGCUCCGCCCGCGGAUGCUCCACUUACCACGCUUAACGAUUACUACUGGACCAAAGAUCAGGAAGCCCACGGCAUUCGCAGAAAGCUCAUCCUCAAAAAGUACCCCGAGGUGACCAAGCUCACCGGCUACGAGCCAGUAACCAAGUACUGGGUGUUGCUUGUGCUUGCCAUCCAGUUCACCUGUGCCUACUUGCUUCGAAACACUCCCGUGCUCCUGGCUCGUUUCAUCGCUACCGCUUAUGUGGUCGGUGCCACCGCCAACCAGGCGGUGUUCCUCGCCAUCCACGAACUCAGCCACAACUUGUUGUUCAAGAAACCUGUACACAACAAGUUGUUUGCCAUCUUCACCAACAUGCCGAUCGGGAUCCCCUACCUGGCAUCGUUCCAGCCUUACCACCAGCUCCACCAUAAGUUCUUGGGUGAUGAGCACUUGGACACCGACUUGCCGACACGGUUUGAGCUGAUGGUGUUGUCUAACGUGCUUGGCAAAGUGUUCUUUGCUACGUUCCAGAUCUUUUUCUAUGCUCUUCGGCCAAUGUUCAUCACUCAAAUUAACUUCACUAAGUUCCACCUUAUCAACAUCGUGUGGGUGUUCCUUGUUGAUUACGUCAUGGUAUCGGCGUGGGGCAUCAACUCACUCUGGUACUUUAUCAUGUCGUCGUUUUUGGCAGGAUCGUUACACCCGUGUGCCGGCCACUUUAUUGCUGAGCACUACGUGCUUAACGACAACAAUAAGCCGCGUCAAGCGGUCAAGGACGCUGAGGGUAACAACAUCGACUUGCCCCCGCUUGAGACUUACUCGUACUACGGCAUUUUGAACCUUGUUACCUGGAAUGUCGGCUAUCACAACGAACAUCACGACUUCCCCUAUAUCGCGUGGACGAAGCUCCCCGAGCUCCGUCGCAUUGCUGCUGACUUCUACGACCCGUUGCCGCAAGUGACGCUGUGGACAGGCGUGUUGUGGUGGUUCUGCACCCGUGAUAUCAACACGUUGUGGAACCGGAUUAAGCGUCAUGGCAAAGUGACGCUGGGGAGAAAAGUUGGGGUGCGGUUGGAUGUAAACUAG